AGAUUAAAAGUGUUAAAAGAAGAAUCUCAUGGCCUCUUAAAACCACCGCCUUGGCCAAAAUCUAGCAUCGACUGAUUCUCUCUAUCUAUCACUCCCCGUUUUGCAUGUACCAGCCGAUUGUAACCGAUACCCCAAUCUCCCUUCUCCAUUAUCUUACCCUCGUUACUUGCAGCCAAGCCUCGUGUCGAUCUGUUUCUGGUCCUGCCGCGUCUUCGAUCUACCGGUUUGGUUAAUCCUCUUAUGAUUUUCUGGAUGUUUCUUGGCAAUUAAGCUCAUCUGCGACCAGAAUGGGAUUUGAUUACGAAUGCAUUGUAGAUGUUAGUCAACUUGCAGGAGAGUAUUUCUGUCCAGUAUGUAGUCAACUUGUCUAUCCAGACGAAGCUCUUAAGACUCAGUGCUCGCAUCUGUUUUGCAAGCCAUGCUUAACUUAUACUGUAUCCACGUCACAAGCCUGUCCAUACGAUGGGUUUCUGGUUACAGAAGCUGACUCGAAGCCACUUAAGGAGAGUGACAAAGCAUUGGCGGAAACUAUAGGUAAAAUACCUGUCACUUGUUUGUACAACAGGAGUGGAUGCCCGUGGAAAGGUAAUCUAUCUGAGUGUUCUUCUCACUGUGGUACCUGUGCCUUUGGAAGUUCCCCAGUUGUUUGUAAUAGAUGUGGGGUGCAGAUUGUGCAUAGGCAAGUCCAAGAGCAUGUUCAGAAUUGUCCAGGCAUACAUUCUCAGGUUCAGCAGGCUGCCACUGUUGUAUCCACUUCUGCUGUCCAAAGCCAGACAACAAACGCACCUGCAGCAACCACUCAAGUAGCAGGUGGUCCUCCCAGUCAGGAUGUUAAUCAGCAGGCCAUUGCUACUAGUCAGGUGCAAGCAGUUACUAGCACAAUUCCACAAAAUCAAGGACAGUACUAUCAGCAACAUCAGCAGUACUAUCAGCAACAACCUGGGUAUGACCUUUAUCAGCAGCAGUAUCAAUAUUACCAUGCAUAUCAACAGCCAACAGUCCAGCAGUUUCAGCAGCACCCGCCUGUUGGGCAAGGGCAGCACCCACCUGUUGGGCAAGGGCAGCACCCACCUGUUGGGCAAGGGCAGCACCAGCCUGUUGGGCAAGGGCAGCACCCGCCUGUUGGGCAAGGGCAACACCCUCCUGUUGGGCAAGGGCAGCACCCUCCUGCCGGCCAAGGGCAGCACCCUCCUGCUGGGCAAGGGCAGCAACCAGUUCAGGUUUAUCCUCAUCCUCAACAACAGUCUCAGGUUCAGGCCCAUCCCCAAAUCCAAUUACCAACUCAACCUCAACCACAAAUCCAGACCCACCAUCCACAACCUCAACAGCUACUACAUGCUCAAGCUCCUGUAACUGGGCAAAAUCAAAACCAGGCUGCAGUUAAUCCACCACAACAACAGUACCUUGCUGCUGGGCAACCCCCCUUUCAAAUGCAAGCACCAGUACAAGCUCAGUCACAUGGACCCUAUCCAGGACAGCAGCAAAGGCCACAACAACCCAUGCCCCAGUAUCAUCAACAGUCCCAUUCUCAGGUUCAACAUCCACCCACACAGAUUCAGCCACCUUUCCAACAGCAGCAGCCACUACCACAACCGCCACAACAACCCCAAAUUCAGCCUCCUUUCCAGGCUGGUCCUCAGUAUGUGAAUCCUCCACCACCUUUUCAUGCUGUUUCAGGUCAUCAGUCCUACGGACAGCCUCAGGCGCAUCAGCACAUGCAGGUAGCACCUCAGCAGGUCAAUCCCCAAAAUGCGUUUCCUCAGCAUCCUCCUAACCAAUAUUAUGGUCAGUUACAACAUCCUCCGCAGAUGAAAUCUAAUGUUCAAUUGCCAAGUCAGCUGCCACCAACAGUGUUGCCAGCUCAAGGUCCUGCUCCAAGCUUCCCUCCAACACAACAACUUCCCAUGUAUGGUCAUGCUCAGCAACUUGGUUAUCCAAGUAAUCAUCGUCCUGCAUUGCAGCCCCCACAUCAAUCAAUGCCGCCACACUCCAUUCAAUCUCAACAAACUUUCCAAGGGCAACCAGCCGUGCCUGUACAAAAUCAGUUAUAUCCAUCUGCUCCUUUUGUGCAGCAGCAGCAGCAGAUGCGCCCACCUCACUCUUUGCCUACUGCUCCUCACCAGUCUGUUGCACCUCAAAAUAUGACGCAGCAGUCUCAGAAUUACAAUGCACGGCCUACUGUGCCUAGUCAUGGAGUUCAACCUCAACCUUCUGCACAGUCACCUGCUGUGUUUACUAGUGCUGGUCAGGACAGGCCAAUGCAGCCCUUCAUGAACCAGGCCCCUCUUAAUCAAAAUGAUACUCUUAGAAGGCACAACCAACUACUAAAGUCAUCUGAGCAACAGAUUGCACAAUCAGUUGAUGUCAUUUCAAAUUCGGGUCCUUCAGUUGAGACAACAGUGAUUUCCAACCAAGGAACAUAUGGUUUAUCCAGUGAUGGAAGACACCAAAACAAAGAUAUGGACACAGAUUCAAAUCCCAAAGCUAAAGGAACAGGUACUCUGUUGCCUGAAAAUGGGAGUACUUUGCCAGACUCUUCUAUUAAGAGUGUAUCUGCAAAGAAGGUAGAUGGUGUAAUUGAGACUUCAGGGGAUGGUGGAGCUGUUGACACUUCGCUCGAAGUGAAGACAAAAAAUAUGGUCAAUUCUGAGGUUUCUCGCAGUGAGUUUGAAGAUGGUUCAAAGGCUGUUUCUCAAGAUCAGGGUCAAGGACAUGUAGGGGAAGAUGUCAAGAUCUUCCCUGCUCCAAAUGAGAAGCAGGGAAAGACUUUUCCUAAUCCUACCAAUCAAAUUCCUGUAACAGAACAAGGAAGAGACCCAAGUUAUCCUUUGCAUCUCUCAAAUUCUGGCCAGCAUCAGAGGCAUCCUGGAAGUUCUAUGUUCCCCCUUGUGCAAUCUCAAAAUGUUACUAAGCCUCAAGGACCAGAACAAAUGCAUCUGAAAGGAAUGCAGCUAGUCCCACCAGAGCGUUUUCCUGCUGGUCUUCCUGAAGGAAGUUUUGAGUUGACUGCUAUAGGCAUGGGAAAGGGAAGUUACAUAAGUCAGCCACAUCCAAAUCAUCCAGGGGAAGCAGGACAUUUCAACAAUUUGAAGUCGAGCACUUUGGAUGGAAGGAAACCAGAUUCACAUCCUUUUGCCACUUCAAACAUGGGUCCAUAUGGGGAGCCGUCAGAGUUAAUGUCAGCGAGAGGAAAGAGGGAACAAGGUAGUGACCCCCCUUUUAAUAUUGAAGAUGGGUUGAAUCGUUUCCCAGUGGAUCCUGCUCGUCAACAUGACCGAGUAUCCAGGCCUCCCUACAAACUUGAUGCUCCACGUGAAGCUCAUGAUAGAGUAAGGCCUCUUGGUCCUGAUGGUAAUACAGGGAGAUUGGAUCCUGCUUUUCUUGCACCCACUUCUGAAUAUCCACGGCAUCAUAUGGAUAGGCUGGAUCCGAGAAGCCCAGGUCGUGAAUAUCUUGAUUUCCAUUCCCGUAAUCCUCACCUUCAUCGUAACCAGCCAAGAUUGGAUGACAUUAAUGGAUGGGAAUCACAUCAUUUUAAUGACGCAUCAAGGGGCUUAAACUUCUCAUCAGAUCCUAUUCGCCAUCCAUUUAGUCAAGAUAGGCUCCCACAGAGAGGUGAAGUUGAUGUACCUGGGAACUUUCGAGGUGGUGAUUUAACUAGGCCUGAAAUGCUCCCUCCCCAUUUGAGGAAAGGCGAUCCUUUCAGUUCAGGGAACUUUCAUGGCCAUUUUCCCUUGCCUGAACCUGGUUUUGGUUCUUAUGGUGAUCCACGCAUGGGUGAUUUUUCUGGGCCAGGAAAUUUGCAUCAUCGUCCGCGAAUUGGUGAGUCAUUAGGUGAAAAUCUAUUUGGCCAGCCUCGUAUUGGUGAACCUGGAUUCAGGAGCAGCUACUCAUCUUCUGCUAGCUUGGAUUCAAUCGAGAGGCGGAGGCCUCCAGGCAUAUACUGCCGCAUUUGUGAUGUUGUCUGUGAAUCAUUGGAAGCAUUGGACAUGCAUGCCCACACCAAGGACCACCAGAAGAUGUCUCUAAAUGUUGUUGCGAACAUUAAAAGAAAUGCAAAAAAGAGGAAAGCAACCAACCUCUCUUCACUUGGAGCUCGAUCUCAUAGAGACAUAUAGAAUUAUGUGCAAGUCUAGAGGAUCAGGUUAUGAAGCUCAUGGAACCAAGCAUUGAGGAUUUAUAUAGUGCUGUUAUGAAGGUUGUUUUAGUGGAGAUGGCUUUUGAACUUGUCCUUCUGCUGCAGGUCAAGUUUACUUUUGAGUAUAAUAUCAGAAUGCAUUUUAUUAGACAAGAUGUUUUUUUGAAACUCAGAAUUCCUAUUUCAGUUAAGUUUGUUUUGCUUAUAAUUUGGCAUAUUUACUUUGUCUUGUGCCAGUGCGAAGUUCUUUUUAUA